GGACGUUUCCAUCCGACGUCUCCAGCAGACACCGAAUCGGGUAACAAACACCUGCUGGCUGGAUCAUGGCGAGCCUUGGAGAAACGCUGUUCAUUUUGAGUGGAUAAAACCGCAUUUUGCGGUCUUAUUUACCCAUUGUUCGUUUAUAUUUUUUUAAAAAAUGUUUCCAGAUAUUUCUGUGUAGCGGUCAUUAAAGCUAAAACAAAAAAUGACGGCUGCCGACGCAACCCACACAGGAUUCUACUUCGUAAAAAAACUGGAGAACAUUUUGGACACUUGCAAACUAGAACUGACCCCAAUUGAUGAGGUUUGGCCACACCUUUACAUAGGAAAUGUGAUGGACAAGGGGAACAGGCUAUCUUCAGGGAGGUAUGAGACUCCACCGGUUUCAGACCUCCAGGAACUUCUAAUGAGGGGCUGCUACUCCACUGGGCCUGUCAACCAAGUGUGGCCGGGCGUGUACAUCGGCAAUGCGGCAAGUGCUCGAGACAAGGACACCCUGAGGAUAAUGGGAAUCACCCAUAUUGUUAACGCCGCCCACGGCCCUCUGCACAUCAACACAGGAGCCCGCUUCUACAGAGACCUGCCCAUAGAUUACUACGGCGUGGAGGCAGAUGAUGCUUACGAUUUUGACCUCAGCCUAUUUUUCUACCCCACUGCAAAGUUCAUUCGAGCGGCACUGUCCCAGUACGGGAAGGUGCUGGUGCACUGCGCCAUGGGAGUGAGCCGAUCUGCUGCACUGGUGCUGGCCUUCCUCAUGAUCUCUGAGGGUCUCACUCUGGUCGAGGCCAUCAAGGCCGUCCGGCAGCACAGGGACGUGUGUCCGAACUACGGCUUCCUGGAGCAGCUCCGACGACUCGACAUGACCCUGUGUCAAGAGAGGAGGCAACGGGAGGAGGCUUCCAAACCUAAAGUAGCACCUCAGAGAGAGGGGGAAGGGGAGCUUGCAGGUUGGCCAGGGUAUGAUACACCGUCAAUUUCGAAUCUUCGGCACCUGCUGUGGAUGAACAGACGGUCUACAGGCCCAGUGGAUCAAGUCUGGCCAGACCUGUACAUUGGAGAUGAGUCAACAGCACGAGACAAGGCUGUUCUGUCUAAUCUGGGAAUCACCCACAUAGUGAAUGCUGCUGAUGGGCCACACCGCAUCCGCACUGGUGCAUCUUUCUACAGAGACAUGUCCAUAAAAUACUGUGGGGUGGAAGCUGCAGACCACCCAGACUUUGACCUCAGCCCAUUCUUCUACCCUACUGUGGAGUUCAUUCAAACAGCACUUUGUCAGAAAGGGAAGGUGCUGGUGCACUGCGCCAUGGGAGUGAGCCGAUCUGCUGCAUUGGUGCUGGCCUUCCUCAUGAUCUCUGAGGGUCUCACUCUGGUCGAGGCCAUCAAGGCCGUCCGGCAGCACAGGGACGUGUGUCCGAACUACGGCUUCCUGGAGCAGCUCCGACGACUCGACAUGACCCUGUGUCAAGAGAAGAGGCGACGGGAGGAGGCUCCCAAACCUGAAGUGUAACCUUUGCAAGCUGUAGACACACUCAGCAAAGUUAACAAGCUCUAAAUGAGAACCAAGUCUGUAAAUUUUCUAGUGUCAACAUUUUUCAAACUUGUUAUCCUGUAAACUUGAAUGGCAAACUUUACAGGUUGGUUACUUUCCAUAUUGUGUAAGCUUUAAAAUUUGGCGGGCAUCUUAAAACUUUGUCACAGAUUAUCCUGAAAGCUGUAGGCCAUAAUUUCUCACAUGUUCCACAGUUCUAUCAAGUAAUUCUACGUAUCCCGAACCCCGGGCAGAAGAAUUAUCUCCAUACCAGCAAAGUUAACAAGUCGCAAAUUUUAUAAGCUUUACUGAGUUAAAGCUAACCUUAAAAACUAAAACAAAUAAGCUUUGAAGUCAACAAGCUGUA